AUGGACAAAUACCUCGACAGCCGCUUCGAGCGGGUAGAAAAGGCCCUUGCCACCUUCAUCGACUCAAUUGCCAAAUACAACCCCUCCGAGAAGCUUGCCGAAGACCUCGUAGCCGCCGACCGCGAGCUCGCCGCCGGCCUGAAAGAGCUCGAGCGCCACCAAAAUAACCAUGCGCGCAUCCUCCAGCUACGACAAGAGACCGCCUCGCUCGACCAACAAACCAAGGACAUCAUCGGCGGACUCUGGAACAUGCGCAAGGAAGUCAAAUCCACACCCGCGACGCAGUACCCUGCCACCGGCCCCAAGUACCAGUUCACCACGCACGAGCUGCUCAACUACGCCAAGCGCAUAAGUCGCACCACGCUUCCGCCAGCACACCUGCUUUAUAACAGCGAACCUAGUGAAUCUCAACAAGCAGGAGGACAAGGAGGACAGCCAAUGGAAGUCGACUCGGCAGCACAAACCCCAAUGCCCGGCCUUGGCGGCGGAACCGCAACAGCAGCCGGCACCCCCGCCGCCAGCGCGGCCCCCACACCCGCCGCUUCGGGACCUUCUGGACCCGGCCCUGUCACCACAAGCACAGCCCCCUUCUCCCAACCGCCACCUCCACCUUCAGCCAACCAAACCGCCCUUCCCGAAGACUUCAAACCGCACAUCAACCUCUUAACAGGGUACCAAUUCCACCCCUGGCCAACGGAGGACAAGGUGCGCAUGGGCGGCAUGGCCGCCUACCAGUCACUGGUUUCGCGGGCCGUGGAUCCCAAGGGGUAUGAUCCAGAGGAAGAAGAGCGAAGAAAGAAGGAGGAGGAGGAGGCAAGGAAGGAGGCGGAGGAGCGGGCGAUUCGGGAGAGGGAAGAGGAGGAAAGACGUAUGCGCGAGGAGCGCGAGAGGAUGGCGAGGGAGAGGGAGAGGGCGAGACGGGAGGAGGCAGAGAGGAGUGGAAGUAUUUCGGGGCCGGCUGCAGGCGCCCCGGCUGCGGCGGCGUCCAGUGCAGGUGGUGGUGGGAGGAGUCAGUUUACUUUCUUGGAUGGGAUGGAUGAUGACGAUGACGAUGAUGAGGACUAGACUCUGGGCUGGCUGUGGAGGUGAUGAGUGG